GUGCUGAACAAGAUGGCGGGACUUGGAGACUUAUUGGCUGCAUGUUUAAUCGGUAAAUAUUCUCUUUGUCAGCUCAAAAAUUCGUUGUCAUACAUAUUUUUAAUAAGAAAAAUUUAUUAUUUCUUUUUUGGGUUAAAAAUGCAGAGAAAGAUGUUGAUUCUGACGUCCUUUGGACAUGGUCUUACCCCACUAUAACCGAAACGUUCCGGCAGGUCCUUUCGAGGAAAUGUUGUCUUGAGACCGACAAAGAGGAAGUCAUACCUUUUUGUUUUGGCCAGUUCAAUAAGCAGUGGUUCUAUAUUUACACGUCAGAAGUUAAGAACUCCGAUGCUCUAAGCAAGGUGGGUUUGGUUUCAUCAGGGCUGGAGGAAUAAAGAUUGAUCAUGUGGGGGUGGGAUGGGUAGGGCUAUCCCUUACGGACUCCACCAAAUACUUUUUGCGAUAUGCUCCGCCCUUUGGGAUUGUGAAUUUGGGUAUCAUGGGCCAUCCACUAAAGAGAUAUUAAUGUUUUGUAGUAUAAAGUAUGGUUUCAAAAAAUUAGGAAUUAUUUAUUAUGCAUUUAUCCAAAUAUGUCCUCAGUGUCUGAAGGGGAGGGUCCAAAAAACUUUCCUUUUGAAUGUGUGCAUUUUCACCUUAUUUAAUGUACAGUACUUGUGAUUGACUAUAAUUGGUUUUCAAUAAACAACUAAGAAUGAAUUUGGAACUGAUACAAUUAAGGCUAAACUUGACUUUUUUCUUUGCAAUUGCUUAUAACAGAGUGAUACGUAGAAAUAUAAUGAGUGCUUGAAGGGAAAUAUUUGAACUAUGUAAUUAUUAAAAGAGUUUUAUGAUUUUAUAACACAAGUCUAUGAGGUAAAAAUAAUGAACAAUAUGUUUAUUAUUUUCAAUUGCUUUUUGGUUAUCAAGGUUACCCAUGUGGCACUGACACUGAUAGCAAAGGUGAGGAUGUUAACACACAUUUGGUAUGCCUGUAAUAUGGCUAAAAUGAUUUGUAUCUUUUAUUGUUUAAGGACGUGCAUUGUUAUGUAUGUGAGCCAAGAAAAUAUACAAAUCAAACUAAUUUGAAAUCAUAAUGGCCUGAAAUUCAUUUUAAAGUACAUAUGCACCUGGUACAUCAUUCUGGAAGAAUGCAUAAAUAAUGUGUUCUACUUAUUUAGUUGAUUUUAUUUCCUUUUCUGCAGGACUUUUGUCCUGAGAAAUACAAGAGUCUUUGCAAGAUCAUGUGCAACAAGUUCAUAAAAACUGGUGAUGCUAGUGCAAUGCUGGAGCCAUACCUGUCUGUUAUUACAAAGGGCUCUUGUCCUAAUGAUGACGAUGGUUUGUUAAUAGUCAAAGACUUUGAUCCUCGCUUGUCAUAUGUUGCCUCUCCCAUCUCAGGUGAAUACACUUCAUGAUUUGUAGUAAAACUUGGUGCUUGCUUUUUUUCUGAAAAAUUCAUGCAUGUGUUUUUUCAAAGACACUUUCUUGAGGUUACCAUGAUCUGCUUUUGAACUAACAUAAGGGAUACACUCCUAAGCCAUGAACAAGUUAGAGCUUGGAAAUGUUAAGAAAAUCUUAUAUGGCAAACAUUGCAGCUUGAUAGAGGAGCACUUUCUGGACAAAGAAUAAGCUUAACCUUGAAUAGCAUUACUCAGUAGAACAGUUGGAAUAAAAAUGUUUAAAUAUUUGAUUAAUUAACAGCAUGCAAGUACUUAUUUUGUGUAACAGUUGUUCAUGAAAAGAACGAACAUUUUUCUAAACAUUAGGGUGCCUUAAAAGCUGUACAUUUCAAUGUACUAACAACAAUUAUCCUUAUAAAUUUUGCUCCUUUCUUUUUUCUAACUAACAGAUGUUAUUAACAUAUUUGGGGUGGAGACAAUCCUAAUAUACACAGCCCUACUGCUAAAGAAGAAAGUUGUGGUAUACAGUCCCAAACUUGAAACUAUUUUAGAUAUUUGUAGGUGAGUAAGAAUGGUUUAGUUUACUAAAUAUUGUUUUAAAGCAGUGUUAUCUCCUGAGCAGAUUACUCCCAUGGUGUAGUGUCAUCAUUUUACUAAUGGAGGGUUAAUGAGGCAUUUGUUGCCAAGAGCAGUAUCAGAAUGCUAAAAGUUCAUUUCAGAGAUGACAUUGGCACGGUUUUCCCCCUCCCCUCCCCACUGACUCUCAAAAUUCAUACUAUUUCUUAUGGUGAGACAUAUUGCAAUAAGCUAAGGUCGACUGGUUAAGAAACCCAAUUUUCGUUCUCUAUUCUAAGUUUUUGUUAAGUUUUUUGGAACCUGACCAUGCUCAACUUUUCAAUCAUGUGGACCUGACUGACUACAAAAACAUAUCAAUUUAUCCAGCUAUAUUUGUUGAAACAAGAACAAAAGAUUGUGCCAGGUGAGGGAUGUUUUUCUUAUCAUAGCUCUCAAGAAACACCUGGAGUUGAAAAAUUAUUUCUUUGAAACUUUCCCCUUCCUACCUUGGUACAUGUAAUUGUUAAACGAAUGAUGGAUUUGUUGUCUUUUUUUUAAGGGCGUUACCUUUAUUAGUGUGGCACCGUCAGAACUGGAGCAUACUCCAUCCUUACGUUCAUCUUGAAGAUGAGGAACUUGAGAAACUAACAGCAAACAUAACUUAUGUGGCUGGCUUCACUGAUGCAUCUGUUGAAAGCAAAACUGACUUGUAUGACUUGUUUGUUAAUGGUACGUUUUGCAAUUAUGGAUAUAUAUUAUCCUCUUACAAAGACAGUACAGUCACAAGUAGGACUAUUGAGAGAAGAUCAACUAUGCUGAUGCUAAAAUGAUUGCAAAAAGAGUUGCAAACAUUUUUCCCCAGCUCAGCUUGUUUUGUUUCUUUUUAUCUUACAGUUGCUGCUGGAGAGAUAUCCAUUGCUCCUGAAGCACGAGGUAUGUGGACAAAACCAACUUCUCAGUUAUUAUUUUAAAAAUUGAAGGAUCUUCACUCGGUGCUUUCGUGACUUUACAGGGUACACGUUAAUCAUUGUUAAAAACAGGAAAGCAUGCAAUCAGUGCUAACAUUGAUAAAAAGAGUGGUUAGUUUGAGGAGAGGGGGGGGGAGGUGAGGUCACAAUCAUUUUAACUAAUGGGUUUGCUCUGACUGAUCAUGGUCUGUCUAUGUAGUGUUAAUUACUGACUUAACAAAUAGAUUUCAUUUUACUGUGUGUCUGUACAGGACUGUACGGUAAUAGAUCACAAAUAACGUCAAAAUGAGGUUUGAACAAAAACGAGAUGCAGCCACAUUUUGAUGUCUUGUGUGACUCCUACUGUACAGACCCACGGCAACAUGGAAUCUUUUUGUUUUAUAUGAUGAAAAACAAAAUGCUGUCAAUGGUGACGUCAUCUACGUGUCUGUCCUCCAAUAGAUCAUAAGCAAGAACCAAUCAAAAUGCUUGUAUAAUUUAGCGUAUAAUAUAAAAUCAGAUAUGACCCGUGUUACGUCAUUUUCUCUUUAUGUGUAUUUCUGAAAGAUCUCAUUACUUGUCUAGAUACUUUUCAGAUGGGAAAAAUUCACAAGGACAUAGCAAUGUUUAUGGUAGAUGCUGCCAAAAACGAGGAGUACAGUGAUCAAAGGCUCGUCAAGGUAAUAACACAAAGACUCUUUCAGACCCGUACAAGCCUGCACGAGACCUGUGUAAGAAAGAUCAGGUGCUAAUUUAAGUUUACAAUUAGUAGUUGUGACUACGCAAAACUUUUUGGCGAACGUUUGAUAACGAACAAGCGAAGAAACCAAGGAAGGAACUGAUGCUCGAACAAAGUUACGAGCGACCGAAAGAAAGAACGAAUGGAUGAAAAUACGAACUAACGUAACGUCUAACGAACACAUGAGCAAAAGAAAGAGCUGUCAUUAUCCUCAUUAAUGAACUGUUUGAUCAAAGCCCCCUCUUUUGACCUAUUUUCUAUUUGAUUGUUUGAGUGGUUGUAAAAAACGAGGAGCGAAUGGGUUGUCUCGCCCUUCGCUCUUGCGAGAGGCUGAAUACAAGCUAAAAUCUUCGUUCCGCCCAUCUAAUUACUUACAUUAGCGCGACAUGAGGUUUUUUUUCGUUUUUUUUAAGAGACUGAGACGUGUAAUUAAAAAUGUUCUUCAAUAACCUUUCAGGAAUUGUCCGUCAAGACGAAGGAUCUCAUAAACAAUCUAAAAAAGCUGGCUGUUGAAUUAGAGGAGGGUGGCAAGGCCAGGAUCACUUUGGAGGCAUUAAAACAGCGAAAACUAACACCAGUUGUGGAGAACUUUCUUUUCAACUUGGCCGCAGCUGAGGGCUUGGUUUGAUGCUUCACUUUUGUAUGGUUUGAAUUACGCCCCAAGAUCUGAAGACCUCUUCUCCUUGUUGACUGCAAAACAGCGAUGGCGGAUCUAGAGGAGGGGCCUGGGGGGUCAGCCCCCAUCUUUAUUUUGGUUAAAAAAAAAAAUCGUAGAAGGAAGAAAAGCCGGCAGGGAAAGCGACAAAAAAAAAACCGGUUUCCCCCUUAGCUCAAGGUCUGGAUCCGCCACUGAACAUUUAGUACAUAUUGCGUCCUCAGAUAAAUUUCUUCAUCUUCAUCUUCAUCUUCACCACUUGUCCAGUUUUCAUUGUCAGAAAAGAUAUAUAUGAAUUGUUUUGAUAUAAAAUAUAUAGGAGUGAAUCUAUUCUAUUGGUGUAAAGUUGAUUUGGAAAUAAUUUUUCAGUUGAAGUCUUCGAUUUGAUUGCCCUAGGAAGUAUGGCAUUGUAUAUCUUCACUACUGCAUUUUGGCAAGUUACCGAUCGUUAAGUACAGUGCUGAAGGUCGCUUUCAACUUGUGUGUAGUCAUUGCAUCAUAGUCAUGUUAUUCUUAGCAGUCCUCUUGGGGCACAUAGUUUUGAUGAAAUGAUGACGGCUCAUGUGCAGGUGUCUCUUAUAUUGAAAUGAUUUUAUCGUAAACGAGAAAUAAUGAUAUUAGUAUAUACGUUUUCUCGAAGAUCACCAAAAUUAAAAAAUUAAACUAAUUAUUUUCAACAGAUCACAUACCUUUGUAGAAAAAAAGGUAACUUAUUUCUAAUACAAUACUGUCAUUUUAAACGUAAGUUCUGUUGUUCCAAAAGCAGUCCAUGCAAGUCCGACGCGCAAGUCAGUCGCGCAAACUAUGCGUGCCGCGCCUCUCAAAUACUUAAGGUGCCACUGGGAUAUACUUUUUAUGUUUACUAUCGGCUCGCGCGAUGGAAUCUGCUGGGGAACGGCGCUACUCGAAGCCAUGAACUCGUAGGGACCGUGUGAAUGCAAACUAAUUCCCGGCAGUUGUCGCCAGUAAUAUGUAAAGUGGAGUCACCUUGGCAGGAAAUUAAUAAAAGUAAACUUAAUCCGUAUGUUAGUUAUUAAACAUCACGCGGUAGAUUUUCAUCGUGACAUUCAGAUACAAAUAAUUACCUUUAAUGCAGGAAAAAAUAAAAGGAAAAUCUAGAUGUCGAACUCAUUCGAAACAUGAUGAGGUGUGUGAUAUUCUGUAACCUUGCAAGAAAUUUAUGAUCAGGUUUGUGCUUCUGAGAUGUGUCUCGCCUUUUGAAGAGAUUUUUCUCUUUGUAGAAUGAAAACAAGAGAAGAAAUGCAUUUAAGCAGCUUGUCUUUACUGACGCAUAUGACAUCUGCCAACUUUAUUAAAUUACUUACUUCUACAAGUGAGUGUGAAUUAAUAUUAGUUACCAAUCUGACUAUUUCCUAUUGUGAUUACAGUGAACGAGAGAGUGGCAAUUUGAAAUGAUAACAAUAAGCGUGGGUGAAUCCAUGAACAAACAGUGCACAGAUUCAUUUGCCUUUUUUGUCUGGUGAAAAAACAAGGGAUUAUCUGAUGAUGAAAGGUAAAAUUAAAAAAAAACUAGAAAGUGUCAUUACUUGUAGUUAUUUUAACAAGAAAAUGUACAUAAUUAUUAUUCUGUACCAUUACUUUAGAUAUAAUUUGAACUUCGGGGUAUUUUGAGUUAAAUGUUUAUCUGUUCUUGCUUACUGUACACUACGAAUUGCUCUUAAGCCUUAUAGCUGUUGACCGAUCUACAUUUCUUGUUAUUUUUAACGUCUUGUUACUGUUGGCUAUUGAGGGCUAACCAAACUUAGAAAUCUUUAUCGUCACAUGAAAAUGUUAUAUAGCUUUAUAAUGCACAGUAGGCUUUGUAUUUCUACAAUUAACACUGGAGAUUUUUGAGAAAAGAUACAACAUUUCAUAUGUACAGAAUUCACAGG